AUGCACCAUCUUCCGCAGCAACCGCAAGCAGCAGCAGCAGCAGCAGCGGCAGCAGCAGGAGCAUCAGGAGAUUCCGAAGCAUCUACAAGGGCAGGAGAGUUGUGUGGAGGAAAAUGCCGUCUGCUGCAGCUGCCUCGUUGGCUGUUGCUGCGUAUAGCGAGAUAUCUGUCUGCUCGCGAUUUGCUGCACUUCGAAGGCUGCUGCCGCAGCAUGAGGGAAGUAGGCAAGACUUGGGAUGGCCUGUGGAGGCAUCGUAUCAUUUCCGACUUUGUACGGAGGUAUGAGAGCCUCCCUGCAGCUUUGGGUAUAUCAGGGAGUGCCCCUUGCUCUUGUCAUAUUACAGGAGGCGGCUGUCGUUCUGCUGCUGCUGCUGCUGCUGCUACUACAGCUGCAGCUGCCUGCAGCAGCACAGACGACCCUCUUGGGGGGCCCCCAUCCAGCACUCCACGCACAUCACCAACAGCAGCAGCAGGAGCAGCAGCAGCAACAGCAGCUGCUGCUGCUACGGGUUUGAAUAGGAACGGAAGCCCCUCUGUGCCUCAGUGGCCUUAUGAUGACGGGGCUCCCUCUGUGCGUCGCAGCACUGCAUACACCUUAGGUUUACAUCCUUUUACUUGGCGAGUAUUAUACUUUAGAGUUUGUAUGCUGUUGAACAAUUUAAAGGGAGGCAUUGCACACCGACGAGUAUUAGAGAAGGCCCUUAAACCCCCAGCAGAUACAACAGUAGAAGGAGGUGUAUGCAUUACUCUAGACUGCAGACGCCUUCUCUGGUGUAACGGGCAGCAGCUGCAGUGCGUAGAUCUCGAUCUCGGCUGUCUCCUUUGGUCUUCUCCUCUCCCAACUGAACCAAACAACCUGCACGAGCAGCAGCAGCAGCAGCAGCAGCAGCAGCAGGUGCAGGUGGAGCAGCAGCAACAGGUAGACGAGCAGGAAGGAGGUGCUGUGUUUCCGUCUUUAUCUGCUGUUGCUGUUGAUGCUUCUGCUGCAGCUGAUGCUGCUGCAGCUGAUACUGCAGCAGCAGCAGCAGCUGCUGCUGCUGCUGCUGCUCCUUUAGGGGGAGUGUUGUACUCAGGUUCCCUUGGGUCUUCUCAAGGCUGGCGAUGCAGAUGUUAUGUAGUAGCGAGUGCAAGCCACGCCUUUUGCUUCGUAGGGGGGCGUCUGCAUGCAUUUUGUUUGCACUCGGGUUUAGUAGUUCGGGAGGUUAACUUGGGGCUGUCACCGCAGCAAGCAGCAGCAGCAGCUUCUCCUUUACCUGUUGAUGUAUGCCAUCGUAACAAUCAGUUUGUCUUCAUCUCUCGUCUUAGUGCUUGCUUCUUUAACAGCGAGACCUUAGACCCUUUAUUUACGCUGCAGCAUCUCUGCACUCUCCCGCUGCUGCGCAUGCAUCAGCAGCAGCAGCAGCAACGCAGAGCCUACUGGGGGGGAGAGCGAAUAGAGGGGCCCCCUAUACACCUCGAGGAUUGCUUCGAUUUCUGCUGGGCAGGGGCUGCAUGCGGCGGUAGACCUCUUCAUAAAACCGUUAACUGGCAGCUGCAGCAGCAGCAAAAACAGCAGCAGCCGCAGCAGCAGCAGCAAGAGUAUAGGAGUAGCCAAUUGCAGCCUACAGAUAUGUGCGGUUGCUUCUGCCACCUAAACGGCGCCGAGAGAAACGCCGAUGCAUGCGAAGCUCGGGGCUGCUGGGACGGCUGGAGCAGCAGCAGCAGCAGCAGCAGCAGCAGUGGAAUGGGUGGGGGGUUGUUUGCUUCGCGGCGCUGCAACGACAAAGAGAUGCAGUGCAGCAUUCAGUGCUGCCGAUUGCGCUGUAGGCAUAUCGUUACAUGGCACUCAGGGAAGAGCAGGCGGCUGCUUGUGUGGUCUGCUGGUGCUGCUGCUGCUGCUGAUGCUGGUGCUGGUGGUGCUGCUGAUGCUGCUGCUGCUGCUGCUCCAUCAAGGCCUUCCGCUCGCCUUGUGUAUGUACUCAAAGGCCACCAGCAGCCGCUGCUGCGGGUGCGGCAGCAAACAGAUUGCAGAGAUCUGCAAGAAUAUUUUCUUGCUUCUUUAGAUAUAGGGGGGACGGUGCGUAUAUGGCAUUCUGCUGCAUUCCCGCCAAGAGAAUCUGCUGCUGCUGCUGCUGCUGCUGCUGCUGCACGAGCAACAGAAACAGACCCGGAUAUCGCAGCAGCAUGGGAGCACCAGCAGCAGCUGGAGCAGCAGUUGGUGCAGCAGCAGCAGCGACGACAGACGCAGCCUGAAAGUGGCAGGAGCAGCAGAAGCAGCAGCAGAUAUUCAUCCCCUCUUGUCUCUGAGGAAGAAGAAGAAGAAACAGCAGCAGCAGCAGCUGUGGGGUGUAUAGCCAUCAUCCCUUCUCUUGACAGCUUCUGGAUCCACCGCAUUUCUCUUUCUUGUCACGGCCUUCUUACUCUCUGCAGACGCAUGCAGCCCCAGCAGCAGCAGGGGCAGCAGCAGCAGGGGCAGCAGCAGUUACAGUUACAGCAUCAGCAAGGGGAGCAGCAGCUGCUGUUGCUAUGGAAGCUGCAUGCGCCUUCUCUCUCCUCUCUUCGAAGCAGAAAGCAGCAGUUUGCUGCUCCUCUCUCUCUUCUUGACUGGGGAUCGUGCGAUCCCGACUGGCUGUGGCAGCAAACGCUGCUGUCUUGGCAGCAAACUGGCAGCAACACUGAGCCCUGCGCCUUUAUGCAGAAGGUUGCAUUCGUUCUUAGGGAAAAGCGAACGGAUGCUGCUGCUGCUGCUGCUGCUAAUGCUGCUGCUGCUAGUGCUAAUGCUGCUAAUGCUAAUGCUAAUGCUGCUAAUACUAAUGCUAAUGAGGCUGUUACUGCUGCUAUAGCUGCUGCUGAUAAUGAUGCUGUUAAUGCUCAGGCUGCUCCGAAUGCUGCUGCUGCUGCUGCUGCUGCUAAUGCUACGGGAGUUCAUGGGGAUGUUCCUGCUGUACCUGCAACUCUCGGUGCUGUUGGUGAUCCAGCAGCAGCUUGUGUUGUUGCUGCUAGAGAUGAGGCAGCUGCUGCACCUCCUGCCUUGCGUCUAGCGGGCACACCUCCUGCUGCAGGGACAACUGCUGCUGCUAAUGCUGCUGCUGCUGCUGGCUUGCUUGAGGAGGCAGUUCCCUCUACUGCUGCCGCUGUGGCUAGCGUUCCAUUGGCAGCUGGUUUUGCUGCAGCUGCAGACGCUGCAGCAGCAGCAGCAAUCUCAGCUUCAUUUGCUGCUCCCCAUGAUUCCGUUGCAGCUGCUGUUGCCGAAGCUGCACCUAAUGCAGGAGCAGCAGCUCCAGCAGACACAACAGCAGCAGCAGCAACGGCAGCAGCAGCAGCAGCACGUGAUCUUCAGAUGUUUGAAUCGAGCAGAGAGGGAAGCGUCAGCUCAGCUGAUGGCGAAGGACCAUCGCUGCUGCUGCGGAGCCAGGGCAGCGAGGACAGCAGCAGCAGCAGCAGCACCAGUUGCUGCAGUUCCUCCCUCAUAGGCCUUUCAAGCAUGGGAUCGAUGACUACACACACAGGGUCCCGCAGGGGCAGCUCCCUUGAAGCAGACAGGAGCAGGUUUGGCAGCAGCAGCAGCAGCAGGAGCAACAUCAGCAGCAACAACAACAGCAGCAGCAGCAGCAACAGCAACAGCGACACCGGCAGCAGCAACACGGGUGGCAACAGCACCAGGCGUCAGGGGGAAGGAGCGGCACUCCUUGGAAGCAGGCAGGCAUCCACCGCUGACCCCACAGUCCGUAGCAGCAGCAGCAGCAGCAGCAGUGGCAGCAGCAGCACUCUUCGCAGCCCUUCCAGCAGCAGAAACAGCAGAGGAGGGAGCAGGAGCAGCAGGCGCAACAACACCGCCACCAACAACAACAAUAACAGCAGCAGCAGCAGCAGCAGCAGCGAGGACAUAAGUAUGCGUCGCAUAUCGGUUUGCGGUGUAUAUACACUGCCGAAGAGCGCUUUCUUUGCAGAGUUUAGUGCCAAGGGGUUAAUUUCAGUGUUAUGUGGUGAAGAUGAAGGCGGAGGAACAACAGAAGCAAACAACAGCAUGCUGAGUGCUGAAGCCUUCCCGCCCCGUGCGCCUCAUUAUAAUCCUUUUAAGCGCUGUCUCUCUGAUUGGCUGGUCUUUGAUCUUGAAAGGCUUCAGAGAGAAGAACAAACUGAAAGGGAUGCAGCAGCUGCUGCUGCUGUUGAUGCUGCUGAUGCUGCAACAAGGACACUCCCAGCAGCAGCAGACACACAAACAGCAGAAACUGCUUCUGCUGCUACUGCUGCUGCUGCUGAUGUAGCUUCGCCUGCUGCUGCAGCGGGAAGGGGCAGCAGUGCUGCUGCAGGUGUUGACAUGGAUGUGGAUGAAGCAGCAACUGCUGCUGCUGCAGUUGAGGUUUAUGAUGAGGCAGCAAUUGCUCGGCGGCGUUCUCGCAGCUGCUGGUGGAGACAAAGUGCAGCAGCAGCAGCAGCAGCAGAAAUGCCUUCUCGGCCUCUUCAGGCUUUCUACGAGCCCGCAGCAACAGAGUGGAGGCUGCAGCAGCAGCAACGCGCAGCAGAAGAAACAAGGAAGAAGCAAGCUAUUAAGUCCUACAGAAAAAUCGUACUCUGCUGGAUUGAGAAACAAAGAAGGCGUAGAUACGCCGCAGCAGCGGAGGCAGCCGCAGCAGCAGCAGCUGCUGCUGCUGCAGCGGCUGCCUCUGCCGCUGAGGCUGAGUCUGCCGAUGCUGCUGCUGCACCAACAACAUCCGCUGCUGCUGCUGCAGCAACAACCUCCGCUGCUGCUGCUCCUGCAGGGCGAGAGGAGCAGCAAACGCAAACAGCAGCACAUAUUUCGCGAAGUGCGCAGGCUGCAGCACUUGGAACACCACCCCUCCAGGAAGACCCCAGCAACAGCAGCAGCAGCAACAGCAGCAGCAGCAGCAGGCGGCGGCGACGGAGUAGCGAGCCCAGCAACAGGAGCAGCAGCAUGAGGAGCAGCAGAGUGCGUGCGUCAGUCUCACCUCGCGUGAGCAGCAGCAGCGACAUGAACAACAGGAGCAGCAGCAGGAGCAGCAGCAGGAGCAACAGCAGGAGCAGUAACAGGUGCAGCAUAAGGAGCAGCACAGGUGAGGGUUUGUAUGAGUGGUGGCCUUGGGGUGUAAAGCAGCAGCAGCUGCACCCUCUAUGCAGCGUUGUGUGGGUAAGAGAGAAGGCGAGUGCUUGGGCUUUGAUUGACUGGAAGGUAAUUCAAAUGUCUCCUUCGGGGUCUCUUAUCAUUCUAGAUUUCGCACACCCUGAUGCUUCUCCUGUCUGCCCCUUCGCUUGCCUCUAA